AUGUUUGUCAAAAAUCUCACAAGCGAUUGUCAUUUUCUUUUAGUGUUUUGUCGUGAGUACAUGUAUUAAUCGCCGUGUUUUUGCUUUUUUCCUGAGUUUUCUUGUGUUUUUCUCCCUUUCUUCGGUGUAUUUAUGAUUAUUGGGAUUGUUUAUUAACAACACGUGUGUUUUCUUUUGUGAAAAGUACGAAAAAGGUGGAGUUUAAGCCCCGAAAAAAAAAGAAAAGCUUCAAAGUGUUAACCAGAUGAAAGUGAUCAUUUUGGAUGUACCACGAUUGAUGACUUUGAGCUCGCGAUUGAGCACACCUUUCGAUGUCUAACACCUGGAUUUUAGCCUAUAAGCAAAGAUGUCCCUAAAGAAAUCCGACCAACAAACCAUUGGCACCGGUCUCCGCGUGGCAGCUGGUGAGCCCCAUCUUGUGAGCCUUGGCGGUGGGCGUCUUAGUACCGCCGUGACGAUUCAUCAUUUACCAAUUGGUGAUCUGACCAUUGGCUCCUCACCAUCAUGUGGAGUUAUUCUAAAUGGAUCUGGUGUGUUGCCGGUGCAUUGCACACUGUAUCGCAAUGAAGAUGGGAAUGUGCUGCUGGUGCCAGAGCCCGAAGGGAGGACUCUGGUUGAUGGGAAUCGUGUGUCGGAGGAGGUGAAUUUGACACAGGGAGCCAUGCUUACCAUUGGCAAAUCCAACUACUUGCGAUUCAAUAAUCCCGCCGAAGCGGAAUUAAUUAGAUCGACAAUCGGUAGCAAUGAGAGAAUUUCAAUGCCACAGAUUGACUUUCGACACUCCCAAGAAGAUGCAUCGGGAAAGAAUAAAAAUCUCAAAUGUUCAGACGAAUCUCCAACUGAUGAUGAGAAAUUAACUGAGAAAUUGACAAAGAUUGAAUAUGCAAAUAUAAAGAACUUUCACUGCCCCAAAGUCUUCACGGCUGACUCAAUAACCGUCAAUACACCAGCUAAGGAUGUUCUGGGACCGAAGUACAAGAAUUUCACGAAAAAUCUCAACAAUAGCCUUAACAAUAGUCUCAACAAUAGCUUGAAUAAUUUGGUGAAUUCCCCCUCAUCGAGUAGUAUCUAUGAGAAUGCCGGGAAUAGCUCCGGGAAUAUCCUGACAACAUUCAACAACCUCAAAGUUACCCCAAACUCCGCAACGUACGAUCGCUACCCGAAAGCUUUUGGGUUGCAGCUGUACCCCAUGAAUGGGGUUAAUGCGCAAAUUAACAGUGAAACCACAGAGAUGCAUCAGAAGGCGAAGAAUGAUCGUUUGCGCGAGCAGGAAAUGUCUGUGGCUGAGCAGGAGCGCCUUGAGGAGAUUCUGCAGCUGUGUGCUGAGUAUGAGAGACAAAAUCAGUCCAUUCAGUCGUCGCCAAUUGUGCAGAAUCGCAUAAAGACGAAUGGUUCUCUGCCACGGGAGAAGAAGUCCCCCUUCGGGGAGUCACCCUUUGGCAUGGACAAAGGGCAGCAGGUCUUCUUUCCGCCCGAUGAUAAAUCCCGCAGCAGGAAACUCCAUUCGGGCUAUGAGAAUGUUGUCCUCAAUCCCAUUACGAAGCGUGCAGAAAUCACCCCAGGUGCCAGCAGCGCCACCACCGAUGACCCCCCGAAAAAGCCCACUUACAUUCCCCAGAGCCCCCGCACAAAGAUCCGCACAACAGUCUCCCCGAAGAGUCGCAUUGAGUGUGAAAAGAAGUCCGAAUAUGAGAUACUUCUGCAAUCCUUUGAGGAGCGUCAGAAGGCCGAAGCGAACAAGAGUCAGGACUUGCGCUUUCUGGCGAGUAAUCAGAAAUGGGAUGACAAACUCAUUGGUCUCGUGAAGAGCGAGCGCAAUGAUGUGUUGAUGCGCGUGCGUGAGCUCAAGACUCAGAUUGCCGAUCUCCAGCGUCAGGAGGACGAGGUCCUCCGGGAGCUGGAUAUGGAGAAGGCACUUGUGAAUGCUGAGCUCACCAGUGAGUUUGGCACACUCAAUGAGAUGCGAAAUGAGUUGACGGCACUCCAGGCGAAGAUUCAUCGUCUCGAAGCGCAGAGGAAUGCAAACAGGGUCAUGCAGGAGACACAACAGGCAAAGCUGCGUCAAAAAAUUGAAAUGCUUCAGGAUCAGGUGGUUGGUUUGGAGAAAUUGGUGGCGGAAAGUGAUGAAAAGGACCUCCGGGAGGAACUUUCACGGAGCCUGGAAGCCCUCGAGAAUGACCGGAAGGUGUUUGAAGAUUUGGAAUUUCAGUACUUGGAAGAGGAGACGGAUUGGCUGGCAUAUCGGGAGGAGCUUCACAAUGAUCUGAAGGCACUCAAUAAGUCCGUUGAGGAGAAAAGGAGUCAAAUUAUGCGCCUGGAGUUGCAGCGUAUUGAGAAUCAACAAAUUGCCUGUACGGACACGAAGGUCCUGGAGAAGAAUCUCCUGACCCUCCUCACGGAUCUCGAGAAGAGUCGUGAGACCCUCAAGGCGAUCGAUAAGAAGCUCUUCUUGCUCUCAGGUGGCAAUGAACCACCGCCGGCGCAUUCAGAGUCAGACGAUGACGCCGAUCUCAUUGCAAUGGCGCAAAAGGGAAAAGCAAAGGAUAAGAUCCUCUCGCAGUCGCUUUACGGGUCAGAGGAGAUCCUCGCAAGACGGAGCAAUGAGGUGGAUGUGAUGAGUAAGAGUGUCAAUGAGAAUAUGUUCUUUGAUAAUCUCGAAAUGCCAACGAGUACGCCGAAGAAGGGCGGCGGCUUGGACCAUCAUCGGGAAUUGAGUGAGGAGUCAACGCGCACCGCAGACUCGGCUUGUUCCCUCUUCAAGCGGAAGAGUGACACGGAGACGGACCCAUUGCUCAAACUUAAAUUCGAUCUUUCACCGCCAGGUGGGGAGCGGCGUGACGAACUCAAUCUCAAUCUUUCCCUCGAAUCGGAUGACUUUGAAGUGAAUCCGUUGGAGAAGCGUGUCCCAUCGCAGGAUGACAUUGAUCGUAUCACGAAGCUCACGACAGAUGUGCCCAUUGAUACGCAGGGGGCGAGCAAUAAGGUGCGCGAGAGCAUAAAGGAGAUUGAGAGGAAUCGCCAACUACUCCUCACCCAGCAGGGAUCGCAUGUGAUUGAGCAUGAGCGUCAGAAGAUGUUUGAGCUGAAGAAGAAGAGUCACGAUGAGGCGAGAGCUCAGUAUUUGAGACUACAAAUUAAUAGUCAAUCUGACGAUGUUGAAAGUGCCAUCGAUGACAAGGAUGUCAUCCUGGAGGGUGCAGGAGGUGUAAAGAAACAAGGAGAACCCACAGAGGGUGUCCCAUUGAGUCCAAUAAACACCAAAAUGGAGAAAUCUAGUCAGCAGCGACACUCAAAUCCCGAAUUCGAUGGGCAGCAACAGCCGGAGCAGCAGCACCAGCAGCACCACACCCGACCCCUGAGUGAGGUGAAUGCUGACCAUGGGCGUGAUGUGACACCCACCAAAGCGUACAAAUCCACGAGUGACAUAUUUACAGUGCCGAAGGCUGAAAGGUCAGAGGUUGACUAUGGGGGUAGUCAGAGGGAUAGUAUGGUGUCACAGGGUGCGGCAAGUGAUGCCAGUGGAGGUCCCAACAAUGGGCGUCUCAUUGCCGGAAGUAGGAGGAAUUUGCCAAAGCACCAACGGCCACUAACAAGAUACCUGCCAAUUAUGUCGCAUGAUUUGGACUUGAGGCAGCACAUUGAGACGGCGGGUCAUCAAAUAAAUCUCUGUCCGCAUGUUAUUGUUGAUUCCACAAGCUGUCGGGGCUAUUUGCACAAACUCGGGGCAACCUUUCACGGAUGGUCACGUCGGUGGUUUGUGUUGGAUCGACAAAAGGAGGCAUUUGUCUACUAUUCCGACAAAUCCGAGAGGAAACCACGUGGUGGAUCGUACUUUACGACGAUCGAUGAAGUUUAUCUGGAUCAUUUGAAUACAUCAAAGAGUGGACGACCGCAUUGUACAUUCAUUGUGAAGACGAAGAAGCGAAGUUACCACCUCCAGGCUGCAUCGGAUGCCGCCGCGAGGAUUUGGAUUGAUGCCAUUAUCACUGGCGCCCAGGGGAAUAUUGACUACUGAACUCUCCUCUCAUGUUCCCAACACACAAAUCCAUGCCAAAAUGCACAAGAGACGAAGAAGGAGAAAUUGAUUAUAUACCUACAUAUGAAGAAUUCUUAAGGAGUUGGGAGGAGGAAGUUUCUUGGAUGCACCGCACACACACACACGUACCCGUGAGUCUCUUCCUCUCUCUCUUCUAUAACAUGAUUCAUUGCUUCCUGAAGCGACAAUUUGUCGAUAAUUUUCGCUCCGUUAAUUCCUUAUUUUUGUGUCCUUUGCUACUUUAAAGAAACAAAAAACAAACAAAUAUCUCUUCACUACAUUAGUGAAAAAAGGAAAGAAAAAAAGAAAGAAUAAAAUGUGCCACAAUUUAUUAAAAUUGAAACAAAUUGAAUAAUUCAAAAUUUUCCAGUAUCUUCAUCACAGUACAGAAAAAUUUGUUUAAAGAAAAAUUUCUUUAAGAUCUUUUUAAAGAAAUUUUGUAUAAAUAUAUAAUUAAGGAUGCUCCAUGGAAGGACAUGUGAAGAAUUUCUUUUUAUUUUAAAUUAAAUUCUUACGACAAAAGAUCAAAAAGUAACUUUUGUGCCUUCCCAAACCUUCGUAAAAAAAUAUUUGAUAAAGAAACAUAAAUUGAAAUUGAAAUGACUGACAGAAAUAUUUUAAAAAAAUAAAUGGAAUUUACAUUCAUAAUAAAAAUCGUUUUGAUUAAAAGCUCAAAGUUUUCUUUAAAAAAAAAAUAACUGAAUAACAAUUGAUAGCAAUAAUUUUUUUAUUGCUUAAAAUUUUGAUUAAUAAAAAAGAAAUGAGUGAGCUUUCUUUAAAAAAAAAAUCUUUGUACGGAACGAUAAAGGAAGAAAUAUUAUUCAAUAAGGAUUCGAUUUUGUGGAAAAUCUUUUUAUUGGCUUCUACAGGGUUUGUUGAGAUUUUGUGGAAAAAUAAUUUAAAAAAAAAAUAUUUUUUAAAGCCUAGACACAUUUUUUGCUAUAAAAAUGUUUUAAUCUUUUUUUUAUUUGCAAAUAAAUUUAAUUGGAAACUUUUUAUAGUUUUUGAUUGUUCUCUGUGAAUUAGAAUAUGACGAAUAUUUAUAUAAAAAAAAUAAACUUUAAGACCUAAUAGUUCAGGUGAAUAGCCUGGAUAUUAUGCUACAAAAAAGUCUGGUAAAGUUUUUUUUUAAUCUAUAUAAAAAAUAACGGUCUUUUCAUAUUUAAAAAAAAUUUUUUUCGAGUUAUAUUUUAUUUUUCACUUUCCUAGGGAAUUCUCGUUAAAAUUUUUUUUUAUUAUUCUCUGAUCUAUUUAGUCAAGACAUAUUAAAGGUACUAUAAAAGAACAAAUUUUGUCAUUCAAGCUUUGAAAAUUAAAAAGAAAUAAAAAAGUAAAAUAAAUUUCUUUGGUAUUAUGUUCAAAAGGAUAAAAAAUUUUUUCACAGAACUAAAAAUUAAUUUUUUCGAUUCAAUAUCCAAGACGCUUUUCGUGCUAUAAAAAAACAUUUUCUUAGCAUCGUAUUAAAAAAAUAUAAAACGCAUAAUAAAUCAAAUUAUAGUUGUUCAAUCGGUUCUCAACUUAAAUUAAAAACAAUUUUUUAAAGAAUUUUUAUGUUUUCAAGGUAGGACUUUUAUUUACUAUAUUAUAAAUCUUGGAUACCAUAAACUUUAGACUUUACUUCAGGAUAAAAUUCUAUAUUGCUACCUUUGUCUAAAUUCUGCUGCUAAAGAAUUUAUUUCAAAGGACAUAUAAAAUAUUAUGGUUUGUGUCUUGAAUGCCAUAAAACUUUUCAUUAUCAAACAAAUUUAUUCUAAGAAUUCUCCAAAAAACUAAGAGUUCCUAAAACUUUAUCUACACGUUCAGGAUUAAAUUAAUUGUAAAUCAAUUCUGCGAAUAAAUUAAUUUAUAAUAAAAUAAAUAUCAAACUUUAUGGUUUGUGUCCAAAAUAUAUUAAACCAUUUUAUUAUGAAUUAAUAAGGGCUUUUGAAAUUUCUCAUCGUACUAUUUUGACUAAAAUUCUUAAUCAAUUCUAAAUCUUAAUCAUUUGUCAAAAUUUAAUGGUUUGUGUCUAGAAUACCAUCACAUUUUUUUGCCAUAAAAUCUAACAAGACGAAUAACAAGAAAAUAAAUGAUUUUCCACACGAUUAAAGCCUAAAUUUUGACCUACAAUAUUGUCUUGAAAGAAAAUUUAUAAAGAAAAAUAAAACAAGUAUUAAUAAAAUAUAAUAUUAAGACUA